AUGGUUCAACACAUGAACGACAAGGUCGAUGGUACUAGUUAUUCGUUUUGUAGGAUGAAAAUUGAAGAUUAUCUGUAUGGUAAAAAGUUGCAUCAACCGCUGGGAAAGAAGGUAGAGACGAUGAGUCAGGAUGACUGGAAUAUUCUUUAUAGACAAGUUUUGGAUGUUAUUAGGUUAACAAUAUCGAAGAAUAUCGCGCACAAUGUCGCGAAAGAGAAGUCUCCAGACGGGUUGAUGAAAGUUCUCUCGGAUAUAUAUAAGAAACCUUCUACCAACAAUACGGUAAUUUCUCAUGAAGAAACAAUUUCAAUUGAAGAUGGAAGAUGGUAG